AUGCUUCGGUCUCCAGGGCUCCACAUGAUCUCCUUGAACGUCUGUUGUCGUGUUCGUCCUCGCUCGGCACAGCAGGACACGGACAAGUCAACCGCAGAUGCACAGGGAAGGGAUCACAUUCAGCAUGCGAUGUUGGAGGAGGAAAAACUCAAGGCCAGUUUGCCAUCUGGACGACGGCGAGGGCAGAAGGGCGAGCAGCAGAGGGAGUUUGACCCGAAGCAGGUGAAUGCUGCAUGCAGGGGGCUUGUCGCGCAGAAGUCUGUGAUGGAGAUCGAAAGACAGGAAGAGAAGGAAGAGGAAGGGCUGGAGGAGAAGACGACAGAGGAGCAAGAGAUGAAACAAAAGGAGAAUCUUGCUUCGAGCAAACAGCACGAGCCAUGGUGGCGAUCGCAGAUUUGUUUGCAGAUCAGCAACGCAAAGCAGGAGGGGGAGGAGAGGGAGAGGAGGAAAACCGUUGCCAUGAUGCUGGCCGAUGCUGAGCAGCGGAGGAGGAUUGCAGAGGUGCAGGCGUAUGAAAUGGAGGACGAGGAGGAGAGGCUGCGGAGGAGAGAGUUUGCGAGGUUGACCGAGGUAGAGGAGCUGCACAAAAUCAUCAGGGAGGAGUUGAUGGUGAGGAGGAAGGAGGGGGAGGAGAGGGAGAGGAACAGGCAGAAGGUGAUCAAGGCACUGCGGGCAGAGGAAGGAAGAAUGAUAACGGAUCGUCUCACGCUACGGGAGGUGGAGCAAGGAAGGAUUGAUCCGCGGGCUGGGAAAGUAAGGGCUCUAAUCGAUGAGAGCCAAGCUCGAGCGCUGGGGAAGAGGAAGCAAAGAGCACUUUUCCUCGCUGGCCUCAGACUUCACGUGCAGUACGUGCGGGCGAUGGAGGAGAGGGAGAGAGGGAAGGAAGGGAGGGGGAGGGGAGAGGGUCAUGGGGGAGAGGGGAGCAAGGAGCAAGGAUACAGGAGGACGGGAGUCGACCAGGCGAUCUUCGAGAUGUACAUGCGAGAUUGUCUCGACAUGCGAGCACUGAGCUGGAAGAAGGAGGCGAGGCAGCAGGGCAGCCGAUGGAAGGAGGAGGGGAUGAGCCUGCUGGAUGGCUCAUCGGUCUUGAGCGGGGAUGUGGCCUCCCUCCGAAGUUUCGGAGAUCCUGACAGCUCGAGAGGAUCGAUUGGGCUGAUGAUGACCUAG